GACGCAGAGGAAGACUCCCGCGUUUACGGCCUCCUUGUUGUAAUCUUAGUAGAGAAGGAAUCGAAGCCAAGGAGAAAAUGCAUCGACGACGACCCGGAUCAAAUGAUUGGUUUAUGGCCUUUUCCACAUUUAUAUCUCUUCGCUACUUGUAACUAACUAGUACGAAGACGAUGCUGCAUUAUCUUCAGCCCGCGAAGCUCCAAACCAAGAAGCUUGUUUUUGAGGAUGUUUUUUCUGCACGUGAUUGUUCCACACUUGAACAUCUGAAAGAGUUGAGCUCCAGGCGUAGAUUAAUUGAGGAAUCCAUUAAUCAGAGCAGCUCUAUUACUGAGGCUAUUGCAAGAGAAAUGUCUGGAGGCUUGACUUCUCAAUGUCUAAGGGACCUUAAGAAACUGGACCAAUACCUGCCAUGGUUGGAAACGUUGAUUUUUCAUGUCGAUUUGGUCUGCAGCAACCACCAUGUUGUUCAUUGGAUUUCAGAACUGAAGAUCCGUUGGAGCAGCGCUCUUAGCUCAUCAUCUUUUUUUAACCUUAGGGGUCCAAAGCUUUUUCAAAUUGAUAAUUUACAUUAUGAGCUUGGUAUGACCCUUUACCUUUAUGCUGCAUUGCUUCGGGAGAGGGCUGUAGAAAUUCUUCCAACAGAUUUGGUGCAAUCUGCCACUCUUUUCAGAGAAGCAGCUGGUAUUUUUCAGCAUCUUGCUCAUGAGGUUUUCCCCUCUUUACAAUCUGCACAGUCAGUAGGAAGGCCACCAGAAGCCACUCCAUCCAUGUCUACUGUUAUGAGCCUAAUUUGCUUGGCUGAGGCCCAGGCUGCAACCAUAAGGAGGGCUGAAGAGAAAGGAUCUACGGUUAGUCUUUUGACAAAGCUGCACUAUGGUAUUACAGAGUUACUUGGUGAAGCCACUGCUAUUCUAUAUUCAAAUGCCGGAGAGUGCAAAGAUAUUUCAUCGCGCUUCUUGGAAUUUCUAUCAACUUGCAAAGCUCUACACGAGUUAAGAAGUUUGAAAUACCUCGCAGAAGAGCUAAAGAUAGCUGACCAAGUUGGGGUUGCUGUUGGAGUUCUUCGCGAUGCAUUAAACAAUGUGAAAAAGAAAGUUCCAGGAGAAGAAUCAUGGAGAUCCAUAUUUAGAAAAGAAAUUGAUGAUGCUGCUGAUAUGCUACGCAAACUCGAACGUGAGAAUGAUAUUGUCUGGCAGGAGAAGAUCCCCUGCGGCGAUGAGUUGCCACUGCCACAGGGUAAGAAGAUUGUCGAUGCUAAACCUUAUAAUCCCCAAAGAUUGGAGAAAGAACUUAUUUUCAAGAUAUAGAUGUACAUACCUUUUGUACAGUAAACCUUAUAUUGGUUUCAAGGGAGGAACAGUCACUAGCUUCUUGAGCUUCCUCUCCUUCCUAAGGUGCCAGAAGGGGAGAUGCAUUAUUUUUUAAACCAUUACCAGCAAAUUCUUUUUCUUGUUUAUUUUUGUAAUUAAACAGUCCAUCUAAACAAGAGAUUACGGUUUGUUAAAUACCGAAAGGGCCAAGGUUUUGCUGAGUUUUUGAACUGUAUUUUUGAAGGCUUUUGUAAUAUUUGGUAGAUUAUACUACUAUUGUGAGUAGAGACAUAAAAACAGAAUAGCCAUGACAGUAAAAUUUCUGUCAUAAAUAUUCAUUUAAAAUCUGCCAUA